ACAUGGACAAGGAUAAUAAUUUAAGGUUAUCAUAAUUCAUAAUAUUAAAUUUUCAUUCUUAACAAAAACAAUACUUUUUAAAUAUACUAGUACUUUGAAAGUUCAAAAUAUCAGUUGAGUUAUAAAACAACGACAAAAAUGCCCAAGUCAAAGAGAGAUAAAAAAAUUUCAUUAACCAAGACUACCAAAUUGGGUUCUAAAUUGAAACAAUCUGUUAUGGAAAAUCUCCGGGAAGCUGUUAACAAAUAUGAACACAUAUUUGUAUUCCAUACUGAUAAUAUGCGUAAUGGUAAAUUAAAAGAUGUGCGAAAUGAAUGGAAAGAUAGCAGGUUCUUUUUUGGGAAGAAUAAAGUGAUGUCAUAUGCUCUUGGAAAAUCAGCUCAAGAAGAAAUUCAAACUAAUUUACACAAAUUAGCUCUUAAAAUUGAAGGGCAAUGUGGAUUAUUAUUUACAAACAGACCCGUUGAUAAAGUUAUAGAGUGGUUUGAUAACUACUCAGAGCCAGAAUUUCCCAGGGCUGGUAUUAGAGCUGCAUACACUGUGACAUUAGAUGAAGGCCCUUUACCAGACACGUUUAUCCAUUCAAUGGAACCUUCAUUAAGACAACUUGGUUUACCAACAAGUUUACAACGCGGUGUUAUUCAAGUUCUAAAAAGUCAUACAAUAUGUAAAGAAGGAAGCAUUAUCACACCCGAGCAGUCUAGACUACUUAAACUUUUUGGACACAAAAUGGCACAAUUCAAAAUAGUAUUAAGGUAUGUUUGGUCUAAAGAUGGACAAUUUCGACCUUUACUUGAUGAGUAAUAUUUUAUUACAAACAGAAAAAACAUCAUAAAUUAAUUUAAUUUACAAGAUCAUGAAAAAAAUGUACUUGAUAAAUUUCAAAUAUACUCAAUUGUUUUAAGAAUUAAAUAAUAA